CUUACCAUCACAAACCAAAAGCCACCUCUCUGAUUUCUCCUGCAAGGUAAGUCCACAGAUUAUACGAAUGCGUCACCUCGGUGACAACUCUAGCCGGUCAUGGAUGUCUUGAGACAUCCAACCCCGCCAGACUUCCCCUCUCUUACCUUGUUCUCUCCCCCUCCUGUUCCCAUCGAUUCUACCUAUCUAUCUAUUCUGCUCCUUUCUAUGGGUUUGGCUUCAUACAUCUAUUGUCAUUGUCUUGUUAACUAACAGACCGGCCACAACUACAGACAAGGGAAUCUUUACGCCAAAAUAAAUAAAUUAAGAACAAAUCACAUCCAACAAAUCAUCCAUCAUGGUUAAAGCUGCUGUUCUCGGAGCCUCGGGUGGCAUUGGCCAGCCCUUGUCUCUUCUGCUGAAGACCUGCCCUCUGAUCGAUGAGCUUGCCCUCUACGAUGUCGUCAACACCCCUGGUGUUGCCGCUGACCUUUCCCACAUCUCCUCCGUCGCUAAAAUCUCCGGAUUCCUGCCCAAGGAUGAUGGCCUCAAGAACGCCCUGACCGGCACUGACAUUGUUGUGAUUCCCGCUGGCAUUCCCCGCAAGCCCGGCAUGACCCGUGAUGAUCUUUUCAAGGUCAACGCCAGCAUUGUGCGCGACCUGACCAAGGGCAUCGCCGAAUUCUGCCCCAACGCCUUCGUUUGUAUCAUCUCCAACCCCGUCAACUCCACCGUCCCCAUUGCCGCCGAGGUUCUCAAGGCCGCCGGCGUCUUCAACCCCCAGCGCCUCUUUGGCGUCACGACGCUCGACGUCGUUCGUGCGGAGACCUUCACCCAGGAAUACUCGGGCGCGAAGGACCCCUCCACCGUCCAGAUCCCCGUGGUUGGCGGUCACUCCGGCGAGACUAUCGUUCCCCUGUUCAGCAAGACUUCCCCGAGCUUCCAGAUCCCCGAGGAUAAGUACGAGGCUUUGAUCAAGCGUGUCCAAUUCGGUGGUGAUGAGGUCGUUCAGGCCAAGGAUGGUGCUGGCUCCGCCACCUUGUCGAUGGCUUUCGCUGGCUUCAGAUUCGCCCAGAGCGUUAUCAAGGCCGCCAAGGGCCAGUCCGGAGUUGUCGAACCGACCUUCGUUUACUUGCCUGGUGUUCCUGGCGGUGACGCCAUUGCCAAGGCCGUUGGCGUUGAAUUCUUCUCUACUCAAGUGCAGCUCGGACCCAACGGUGCCGAGAAGGCCAUCAACAUCCUUGAAGGUGUAACCGAGAAGGAGACCCAGCUGCUGAAGGCCUGCACGGACGGCCUGAAGGGCAAUAUUGCGAAAGGCGUCGAAUUCGUCAACAGCCCCCCGCCAAAGUAAAUACACCCACCCCCCCCAGCACAUCUGCACACAUGAUCCCCUACUGCCGGCCGGUCGCUUGAUAUCGCACCUUUGGUGUCUUCGACGGAACAUACUUCUGUGGCUCCAUCGACUCGCAGAUCUCCGAUAUGGAAAGAGCC